CAUCCUCCGCACAGUGGUGAAAGCAACAUCUCCUGUCCGCAUUCCGACAGAACAGCAAACAGCGUUUCCACGUUGUUUCACAAAGUGAUAUUCAUAACGCGACCAUGUGGAUUUAUACGCUUCUUUUCCCUCUCUUCGUCAUGUCUUAUUCAGAGGGCAGGAGGAAUCCACUCCAGGACUACCAAAAGACCGAUGGCUUACGACUGGUUGUGGUGACGCCUGAUUCCUCACACCUGACCAAAAGCAGGAAGUUGAGCAUGGCUAAAUGUGCCAAAUCCUGCAGCCGCAACAAAAGACUCCCCUUCACCUGCAGAGCAUUCCUCUAUGAUCAAAACAACAGGAAAUGCCAGUGGCUGUCGUUUGACAGGAACUCACCAGGAGUUCAGAGCCAGCAGGACUUCAACUACCAACUCUAUGAAAAGAAAGACUAUGUUCGGGAGUGUAUUGUGGGUACCGGUCAGAGCUACAGGGGGCGGAGGUCGGUGACAGUGACUGGGAUCUUGUGCCAGGCGUGGGCCUCUCCUUUCCCUCACGAGCACAAAUUCACAUCCAAGAGGUUCAGGAAGAAGGACCUCAGAGAAAACUACUGUCGCAACCCGGACAACUCCACCGUCGGCCCGUGGUGCUUCACUACAGACCCUCGGCCACACCUCAGACACCAGGAGUGCGGCAUACCUCAGUGUUCACAAGUUGAGUGUAUGACCUGUAAUGGCGAAGAUUACAGGGGACCCAUGGACCACACAGAGAGUGGAAAGGAAUGCCAGCGCUGGGACCUGGACGGACCACACAAACACCUGUACCACCCCAAGAGAUAUCCUGACAAAGGCCUGGAUGACAACUAUUGUAGGAACCCAGACGGACGCCACAGACCAUGGUGCUUUACCACGGACCCCAGCACACCCUGGGAGUACUGCGACAUCAAAGUUUGUGAAACUCCUCCCAAAAGCAAUGUGGUGGAAACAACAGAGUGUUACCUGGGUCGUGGUGAGGGUUAUAGGGGCACUGUAGACCUGUUGCCCACUGGACUAAUCUGCCAACGCUGGGACUCUCAGUAUCCCCAUAACCACACAUUCCUACCUGAAGCCUACCCCUGCAAAGACCUUAGAGAAAACUACUGCCGCAAUCCAGAUGGCCAAGAAGUCCCCUGGUGCUUCACUACAGAUCCGAGAGUUCGCACAAUGUUCUGCACCAACAUCCCCCAGUGUGGCACCCAAAACAAGCCUGUCAACGACUGCUACGAAGGCUUUGGAGAGACUUACCAAGGAGAGCUGUCAAGGACUAGAUCAAACCUGCCUUGUGCUCCCUGGAGAGACCACAGCAACAGUGGUGAGAGGGGCAUGCUGACGGCUGGCCUGGAGGGAAACUACUGCAGAAAUCCUGAUAAGGACAAACACGGUCCCUGGUGUUUCACCAACAAUUCUGCCAUUCCCUGGGAGUACUGCAAUGUCAAACCAUGUCAUAUUUCUGAUAAUACCCUUCCAAUGGGUGAGCUGUCCUCUGUGGGCUGUUUUGUCCAUAAAAGAACCAGGAUAGUUGGAGGAGCUCCAGUGGGCAUAUCUGAUGGCAGCUGGAUGGUCAGCAUACAGAAAGGGUCGAUGCAUUGGUGCGGAGGCUCACUCAUACGUGAGGAGUGGGUGCUCACUGACAGACAGUGCUUCUCCUCAUGUGUUCCAGACCUCAGUGAGUAUCGGGUGUGGUUGGGAGUCUCGGAUAUUCGAGAGGGUGCUCCUGACUGGUCUCAGAGACAGGAAGUCAGCAUCGCUCAUGUGAUAUGUGGUCCUGAGGGUUCCAGUUUGGCCCUCUUGAGGCUGUCAAAGCCUGCCCUUCCAGCAGACAACGUCCAUGCCAUUCAGCUCCCUUUGGCUGGCUGCGCCAUUCCAGAGGGAACCACAUGUAAAAUGUACGGCUGGGGAGAAACUAAAGGCACCGGUCAUGAAGACAUUUUAAAGGCAGUGGACCUGCCCAUUGUCAGUAAUGAGAGGUGUAGAGAGAUGCACAGAGGGAACCUCCACAUCACCAACACCAAAAUCUGUGCAGGAGGCAAGAGGAACGAGGGAGUGUGUGAGAGGGAUUAUGGAGGCCCUCUAGUUUGUCAGGACGGGGACAUCAGGGUGAUCGUGGGAGUCAGUGUCCAUGGCAGAGGCUGUGCUCGGGCUAAUCAGCCCGGCAUCUUUAUUAAUGUGCCCUUCUACACACAGUGGAUCUACAAGGUCUUCAGAUAUUACCCCAACCUGGAUACAGAAUAGAGACUCAGCGUGGAUAAACUAGACUUUGGGGCCUCAAAAAACCUCUACCUGUAUACAUAUAGAAGUGCACUCAGGAUGCCUGGUUUCUCUGUUGCUCAUAACUACAUAUCCCAGCUAUCAAUCUGAUUAAAGGAGAGGCUCUUAACAGAAAACAGGUGGGAAACACUGUGAUGUAAGAUUUUCACACAACAAAGUCAGAUAGUGUUGGUAUUUUGAAGUGAAGAGAAAAGUUAAUGCCGUUCUACAGAAGCCUUAAAGGGACAUACAUCUUUAUAUUUUACUCUUUUUUCCAUGAUGUUUUUCAUUAUAAUUAGUUAAUUUCUCAAAAGUUCAAGAAAGGACAGAAAUGAUCUUGUUGACAUGAAAAAACCAGCAUCGUUUUGCCAUGACAAUAAGACAAAUAUGUCCAAAUCUUGAGAAAACAAACAAAAUUAACUUAUAGAAGAUGUAAAAAGAACAGUAUGGAUGCAUGUCCUUAAGGGCUUCUGUAACAUUCAUACAGGAGCUUUAGAAAAUCAAUUACUAUCUUGUAAAAGAAGGGACCCUGUCAAAAGUUGAAUGUAAAGUGAAACGUAUAUUCUUAGUUGAGUUGUGAUCAAACCAGGCAAACAAACAUGAACUUUUCAUCCUUAUCAUUUUUCUUUUGGUAGCAAAUUCACCCUGAGUGUUAUGUGUGCAUGUGAAUACUCUUGAUUCCUGGCAUUACUUGAAUGUUUUUUAAACACCAAAGUGCAGUGGUUCAGCAGCUCCCUCUGUAGAGUACAUCAAUGGGCCACUUAGAAACACUAUCCAGAGGGAGGGCAACGACAAGGGCACUCUUUACCCAGCUCCAAGCAUCUCAAGGGGCUUCGCUAAAGUGCUCCUUACUGUAUAUAGUAUUUUAAUGAGUGUAUUUGUGACACUUAAGCUGAUUUGGGUCUUAUAGACCCUCGUCUCUAGAUGUGACAAGAGACGUGAAUGUGGUGUUAGGCGUAUUAAUGAUGUACAGUGUGUAAUCUACAUUUCAGCUUUUACUCAAGGUUCUGUUUCAGCAGUAUGGAAACACCAAAUUAAAAGAACAUUUUUAGGGUUUUAAUGUUAUCACAAAGCCACUGACUGUAUAUGAUAUGAAAGUCUUUGUGUUCUGUGUAGAUGAAAGGAAUGUAUAGCUAGUAAGGCCUUGUAGGAUUUAAAUAAAGCAGGAGAUGUAACAUUACGAAACUGAAGAUUUUCUUAAACCUUAAACUCAAGUCUGUGUUCAAAAUCACACACUCAUUCCUGACACCUAAACUACGGCCUGCAGGCCAACUGCAUCCCAUAGUCCAUUUAUAAUUGGUCUGGAGCAAAUUAUAUAAUUAAAAUGAAAAACAGCCCACAUUAGAACAUGGGGAUGUGCUCAACUGUAUUAAACUUAUUAGUUUUGAAUCUUGGCAGUGCUGCAGUGUCUAAAAAAACAUUUUGAACAUUUUUACAAGAACUGGUUGACAUAGUUUUUCAGGACUAAACAAAGAUGACAACACAAAUGGGCAAAGCAUUGUCAACAAAGGCAAUAAUGAUUUCUUGAUUCAUAACAUUCUGAUUAAUAUGGACAGUAAAUAGCAGCAUGAACUGCAUUUCUUUGCUCCAUUACUCUGUGAAAAACCCUUUAUGUCUAUCAAGACAGCUUCUAUAUUCUGGACAGCCACCAAAUAUCAACUCUUUUAUUUCUCUGACAGUGACCAUCAUUGUAAAGUACUUUUCCCAAUGCUUUGUGGGAUGCGAUGAGUGCACCAUACAGGGUAUAACAAUGCUCACAAAAAUCUGAAAACACUACAUUAUGGGGUAUUCCCUCUAUAGUGCACUAGCAAGUGGAGUGUGAUUUUGGACACAGGCCAUGUUUUCAUUUAGUUUGUAUGUGUGUGAAUGGAAGCCCUUAGCAGACAUGUACCCACACAUUUUAUUUACUCAAUUUUCCUCUGAUUUCUAAGUAUUUCUGGUUGUUUUCUUUAGGUACUUCAUCUCAAGACAGUCUGGCUCCAGACCGUAGAUCUCAACACACCCUCUUGUGUAUUUCCAGUUGUUUUUUUGUUUUUUUUUUUAAUCUAACUUCACUCAUAAACAAAAUUUGGCAGUUACUUUCACAUAUUACAGGCUAAGCAACAUUUCAUAAACAAAACAGAAAAAGGUCAGAGGUCUAAUCCAGGGGUAACUUAUGUACAGUAUGGACAUGUUUUAGAAGUAGAUACACAAACGGUUGCUUGCUUUAGUGUCCCUUAUGAGUAAACAUUACUACAUAAGUAAGGUGACAUGAUUUCUAAAGUGAAAACUUGGGACGUUUCCAGUUAGGUGGACAAACCACCUAAAUAUUAUCAUGCUGACAGACAAUUGGGACACCAAACGCUUAAUGUAUUUUGACAAUAGUUUUGCGGGAGGCAUCAAACUGUGCCUUGCGGCCUUAUUCUGAGACUGUAUCAUGUUAACAGUUCAUCAGUGAUUAAAAUCCUGGAACUACAGAGCUAAUAAUCAAAUGAAAAUAGGCUAUCAAAAUAACUCAGAGGACGAAUACUUUUCCACUUCUUGUGUCCACUCACUAAACUUAUGUAUUUUUUCGUCUCCUCAAAAAUUCUGCAUCCAGGAAUUAUCAUUUACUUUGAUUAAUUUUUAUUGGAAUAUUUCCCAUCAAAGAGCUGCCUUGAUGCUGUUGUCAAGAUAUUGCAACUGAAAACCAAACAUUUCUUGCUGGUGCAGCUUCCUACUAAAAUCAUUUAACUGGCAAAACACAAGUUGACUUUUAUUCUGAACGAACAUAGACACGUCCAGGCUACAUACAAAACAUCAAACAUAUGAUAUUUUUUGACAAUGGAUGAGUUGUCAUGUCAGGGAGAAGUUUCAGACAGUCAGUAGUGAAACGAGAAGAAGUACUUUUAUUCCAGUUUAUAGCAAAAAUCAGCCCAAGCACAGGCUUGGGACAGGUCUCUUAAAACAGGGACUGUCCAUGGAAAUCAGGGACGUCUGGUCACCCCAUAUGUAAGCAAGUGUAGCUAAGUUAGCUUUAGCGAUGUGAGCUUUAGAAAACAUAGCUACAGCUAACAUAGCCACAUAAGCUACAUAGAUAACAUAGCUAUAUAGUUUCAUAGUUUACAUAGCUAAUGUUAGCUUUGUAGCUUUGUUUGUAUAUCCAUGAGCUUUGUGAGCUUCGCUUUAGCUAUGUUAGCUACGUAGCUCUGUUAUCUAUGUAGCCUACGCACAUAACGUAGGUAUGUAAGGUACUUUAGUUACGCUAGAGUGUUUUCAUGGAGGACAAGCUUUUGUCCUAUAAGCAGACUGUUUGCUUGGCUUUGUUAAAUGGUUAAUCAGGUUUUGCUGGUCAGGUUUUUAACUUUUGGUACUCAAACCCUUACCAUAACCUAAACGAGAAUUUAAUCCGAUUUUAUUUUGCAAGUUUUGCCAUGUAUUUCGGUUUUGAUGGACGUAGUAUCUCACAGUUCCACACUACUGUUAAAUAUAUCUCUCUUAUUUCUUUUGUGUUUUUGAAGCCUUGGGGGAUACAAGAUAAAUACCAUAAAAUCUGGAUUAUAGGUUGCAUUUGGGUCUCUCUUUGGGCCUUGACAGUACAAAGGUUAAAACUGUCUUGGCAAAAUCUAGAAUUUUCCAUCACUGCGCAGCUCUUUUGUUUUUGCGAUUCAUAGUUUGCACCUCUGCUAGCUUUAUGGUAGUUGAGCUCUCACCCUGUGGGGAUUGUUGAGAAGUUAACAGACACACAGUCUGCAAGUCACCCUGGUCACUGAUCUUCAUUAACUGAGAAGUUUGUUUCAAUCAAAUCAGCACUUGUCAUGUUUUAUUAAUUUACCCUUGAUUUCUUUAAAAGCAGGAUUGUGACCUAUUUAGGGAGAUAGUAUGGUAAAAGUGUCAAAAAGAACCCUCCAUCUUGGUCUGUGUCACUAUGUACCAAGGCAGUUUGAGCUGUGAAAUGGCACACUGCACAAAAAUUGAUGCAAACUUCAGCAGGUGGUGUACAAGGUGUGAUGGCAGGUAGUAUACUAGUACAUUACACCAAACUUUUUGGCAGCAAUAUUAGGUAUUAAAAGUGCAUCUCAUCUUAUACACAAAUCUUAGCAUACAAAAUAAAUCUUAAGAAACAACCAGAAGUUACUAAAUACCAAGUGAAAACUGUGAUAUAUGGCUGCUUGGGGCUUCUGUAUAUGCAUCUGUUUUUGUUCAUUCGUCUUCAGCAGUGUCUGUAUGUAAGCAGACAACUGCAUGAGUGUAUGUCUUUGUGUGUAUGUUGUGUGUGCUAGUAUUGGAGCUAAAGCUGUAUGAAUUAUCCUCUCCCCACACUCAGACCUUGGCAGACCUCCAGUUCCAAUCCACUCUGGAUAUUAGCGUCACAAAGUCUGUCACUUGAAACUUUGUUGUGGAGACGCUCUGUGUAGCGGCAUUGUCUGUAAUUGUUGCUUCUGAACAGCCCUUGAGACAAAUUAACACGGCUCCUUUGGUAGUGUAAAUGACUGAGAUGGCUUUUUAUUAUUACUGCAUUAUGUCUGUGAGAGUCAGAGUUUGUGUUUGUGAGAGUGCGAGCACUGAAAGAUGCUGCAAGCUGCUAUAUUCUACAGGUUGUACAGUAAUGUCUCAUGUUCUCUGUAUUAUGUGCAUUUAUUAUGAAUUUCAUGUCUUCUUAACUGCUAAGUGUUAAACUCGAUUUCAGCCAUUAUUUGAAAUGUUUUAUGA